AGAAUGCGAAGUGGCAGCUGCACCACGAAGAAAGCCGGAGCCAGCAGCAAUUUCUUCAACUGCAACAUUCUAGAAACUGAUGAUGUCCUGUCAAGGAUCCGCCAUCGACUGAGCUCAAAAUCACAAUAUGUACAGAAAAAUAGUGGAUGCUGCCGCCAAGGCCAGUCCAGUGCAACGUGCAGCGCCAUGGAAUUCAGAAGUGUGCCUAUUCUGCCAACCUAUGCAGAAUCCAGCACGGAUACCAAGAGAACCUCUCUAUGUCCUUAUAGGAAGUUUAAAUCACCUGAUCCGGUCAUCAUACUGAUCACCUUGACCGUGCUAGUGGGCUCAUUUUGCCUGCUAAGUGGCUUUAUACUGCUCUGUGUGGUAUCCAAGGCGUGGCAGGAUGCUACAUCUGAGGCUAUUCUCUUGAUGGCCAUUGGCUUCUUCAUCACAUCAUUAUCCUGCGUCACCUGGAAACUGACGAAUGCGCAGCGUUUGACUCAAUUAAGGGAAACCAUUGCGAUUUAAUU